AUGGAUAAGAACUUUCAAGAAGAACAGUUUACAGGAAUUAUUAAAUUUACACCUCCUUUGUAUGAACAACGCUACCAGUUCAUUAAAGAUUUGGUGGGGAAGUACAAACCUAAGAAGGUGGCAGAUUUAGGAUGUGCUGACUGUACGCUUCUCUGGAUGCUGAAAUUCUGCAGUUGCAUUGAAGUGUUAGCUGGACUAGAUAUCUGUGCAAGUGUAAUGAAAGAGAAAAUGCAUAGAUUGUCUCCUCUUCCUGGUGAUUAUUUGCAACCAGCUCAAAGAUCCCUCACUGUCACCCUGCAUCAUGGUUCAGUUGCCCAUAAAGAUCCUUGCAUGCUUGGUUUUGACUUGGUAACGUGUAUUGAACUAAUAGAGCACUUGGAGGAAUCGGAACUAAAGAAGUUUCCUGAAGUGGUGUUUGGUUUCAUGGCUCCAAGCACAGUUGUCAUCAGUACUCCAAAUUCUGAAUUUAACCCUUUGCUUCCAGGAGUGACAUUAUUCAGGCAUCCAGAUCACAAAUUUGAAUGGAACAGAGUGCAAUUUCAAAGCUGGUAA